CCAAACACAACCUCAAUCUUACAUAAACUUCCGACACUUUUUUCGGUUAAAUUUCAUUAAAAUUUCUCGCUAAUAAACUCCAAUCGACGCCGUUUUAAACCGAAUUCAACAAUUUAACCAAUUUCCACAUUAAUUUCGCAAGAUUUAAUAAGCAAUAAAAUUCACGUGUCUCAUUCUGUCAAAGGGGUUCAAUAAUCGAACGAAAUUCAUUCAAUCUCAUCGUUUUACUUAAAAGAAAGGUUAUAAUCACAUAAAGCCCCCAAAUGGAGGAAUACACGCGAGAACCUUGCCCUUGGAGGAUUGUGGAUGAUUGUGGGGGUGCUUUUACGAUGGGAUUAAUCGGCGGGGGUGUUUUUCAAAGUAUUAAAGGGUUUAGAAAUGCCCCUUCUGGUGUUGGGCGAAGAUUGGCUGGAAGUUUAACUGCAAUUAAGCAACGUUCUCCAAUUAUAGCGGGAAAUUUCGCUGUUUGGGGUGGGAUGUUCUCUACAAUUGAUUGUGCUUUAAUCCAUAUUAGGAAGAAAGAGGAUCCUUGGAACUCAAUCAUAAGUGGUGCAGCAACUGGAGGGAUUUUAGCAGCUAGAAAUGGGUUACCUGCUAUGGCGGGGAGUGCCUUUAUUGGUGGAGUCCUUCUUGCUUUAAUUGAAGGGGUUGGAAUCUUAUUUACUCGGUUAUCUGCUGAACAUUUUCAACCUCAACCUCCUGUGUUUGAUGAUUCGCCCCCUUCAGGGGGCCCUAAUUCAGGGUAUACUUUUCAAUAGACUUGGAAGUUGAGUUCAAGAAGAAUUAGCUGUGAUUCAUCUCCAUUUUUUUAAGUUUUUCUCCUCCAACAAACAGUUUGUAGUGAAAUAAUCCUGGAAUUAAGUUUAGUUUAAAUUUAUGUUGUUUAAUUAAUAAACAAUUUAUCUACU